CCGAACAUUACCAAUCGUCGGUUCCGGGUACCGCGGUCUACUCCGACACUCACACACAAACGCACGGACACCGCUCUCAACCCGUUCCGUUGAGCGCUGUGCAAUCGUGGUGCAAAGGAAACCAAAGUAAGGUGUGCAGUGACAGCGAGCGACGACGGCAACCAAGGGCAGCUGCACAGGGAUGCCGUAAUGAAGUGCAUACUCAACGGAAGCAGCAUUAGCAGCGCCGGCAAUGAUGAUGAAGCGAGCAGUUGACAUGCAGCAAGUGCAACGAAGUGAAAGAAGGCAUUCAAUCGUGGUGAUCGGUUCGAAGCUGUCAGAAAUUCAAUCGAACCCGAACAACGUUGCCCUGGAAGCUGGUGUGGUAUAAGGCAGCAAAAAAAGCAACCAAAACGUAGUCCUUUGCUGUGUGUGUCUGUGUUUGCGCUUGAAGCUGUGACAGUGUAACGGUGAAUUUUCGCUUUCGGGUGAGCUUUUUGUUUUUCCAGCGGUGGUUGUGCAAAUUGAAAACAAGAAAAAAGGGGUAUUAAUUCUGUGCUGAUCAGUGGAAAAUAUAAAUCAGUGAAGUUAGGUUUCACUUCCCGGUUAAAGGAAAGUUGAUCGAUAAAAUGGGAGGUAACAUUGGAAUAAUGUCGACGGUGGCGGCUUUACCGGUAGUUAUCGUGCUGCUACUAGUGACAAGGAUGUCAUUGUGUGUGCCGACACAUUUCAUGGAGAUGGAGCAACACUUUCGCAACAGCAUCGAUCUGGACGCGGAGCAGACGGAAGCCCGGUACGAUCAGGAGAUGCUUUCCGACAUCAUUAACGAUAACGAUCGCGGUGAGCUGCAGAAGGCGGAAUCUUGUUUGGUCGAUGACUACAAGUACGACCAUGGCCAGAAGAUACAACGACUGGAUCCGUGUGAAAUUUGUCUCUGCAUUGACGGGGAAAUAUUCUGCUGGUGGAAACAGUGCGAUUCUUUGGCGAAAACAGUAGAUGACGCGGAUCCACAAAUCAGUUCACCUCAGCAAGCACCCAAGAGUGAUCAAACGUCAACGGAAUUGAUCUCCGAAGCGUCAACUGUCAUGAGCACAGCGUAUGAAGCAAAAUCAAAAUCAUCCUUUGACGCCGUGGCCACAGAAGACAAUAGGAACGGAGCUACACGGCUCGUGCUUCCAGAUUCGCUUAGCGACGGCGGAACAACAGUCAUAAGCAGCACCUUGCCGAUUUCAACACCCGCAUCGAGAGUGUCAGACAGCGAUCAUAGCUCCUCGGAGACGGUAACGCAUCACGGAUCGGUGCACACUACGGAUGUGCUGGAUGGAAUACCAAAGAACAUUUUAAGCUUUCCACAGACACCACCAAUCAUGAUGUAUCGUCCGGUAUCGAUGGGUCCCAUCACGGCCACCACGUCGAGGGAGGGAAAGUAUACGGACGGUGGUCGCAAGGUCACCAAGGUCGGGUCGGCGGCAACGGGAGUUCGAAAGGGGAAAGCCGGUACGUUGGGACACAAAAAGUUGAAAGAACACAAAAAGAAUCUCCUGAAGGGGAAGUACGAAGGGGAAUUUUCGUACGAAUUUGAUCGCAAACCGACAGUUUCGAUUGCGAGUGACGCACUGCCGAAGAUGUCCGAGAUCGACUCUAGCAGAGAAGGUGACAAGUUCCGUGAUCAGUCAGUGGAAGUAACCGAGAGAAACAACAAUGCACCAGAUGGCAAGAAUGGGCCAGAACAGGAGCAGCAACAGUUCGGCGGGUACGGUUAUGGGAUGAUCCACGAGUCGGAGUCCGAGCACCGACAGCCAACGGUUCCGAUGCGGUCGCAUGAUCGGGAUGUUCCACAGCACUACAUAAUCACCUCGUCCGGGCAUGUGGAGAUGUUUGACGAUAGUGGAGCGAUGGCAGGACCUGAGCUUGGGACCGAAAACCAUGGCGACGGACUUGAGAAGCAACCGUAUCGGGAUGUGCUCAGCUUCGAUGGACGAGUAUCGUCCCGUGUGACUCAGGAUCAAGCGACAAACGGUGAUGAAGAUUCCGACGUUACGGAUAGUGACGAAGGGGACGAUGAGGAUGAGCGGCUGGAUGACGUCGGUGCCGUUGCGCCAGCGAUCAUGCUUACUACAAACGUCACCCAGGGCAAGUACAGUCUCGGCGAGGGAUUGCAUUCGACGCAGCUGCCUCCGUCACCGUCGUCGGUAAUUGAUAUCCUCAACUCAACAACGCUCGAGACGACGGACUAUGUCGAUGGAACGAAUCACUCCGAGCUGAUCUACCCGGAAGUCCCGUCCAUGAGCAGUAGUGGUGGUAGCAGUAGUAUCAGUAGUAGCACUAUCACACCACCGACCACCAGACAGGAUCAAAGUGAACAGCACUGCGUUGUUAUGGGCGUUACCUAUCCGGUGGGGGCAGUGCUGAAACAGGAAACGGGCAACUGUCUGCAGUGUGUGUGUGUCGCCGGUCCCGAGAAUGAUCCCGCUCCAAGGGUUACCUGUACGCCCCUGAACUGUCCACCCUUGAUACUGCCGGAUAUUCUGGAUGGGGCAGGAUUUUAAGUGGAGAUGGGAGCAAUCAUACACAAAAUAGGAACAAGAUGCAAAAUGUAAUGGCAAAGUAAAUCUUGAUAAUUCAUCGCAGCUAACAUCUUCGCGACUGAUCACUCAUGACACACUCCAACAAGGGGAAAGAGGAAAGGGUCUUGGCAAAAAGUAUAUCUAAACGUCACCAUCUAGCCGCAACACAGUGAGGUAAAACUGUUGGAAUGAGUUAGACAAAAAAAAAACAGGGGAUAAUUACAUACAUAGCGGAUCAAACUUUUUAGCGUAGUGUUGGGAAGAAUGGAAAGCAGAAGAAUAGAGCAACAACAACAACAACAACAUCAACCAAAACAAUAAGCUAGUCUGCAACAAACGGACACACAAUAUCGAAGAAAAAAUAUCACACCGAUAAGGGCUCAAACUGGGCUGCCCGGAAGGAAAUAUAUCAAAUGGUAGUGUAGAGCAAAAAACAAAACAAAACUUUCCAAACGCUAGCACUAGUGAUACUAUUAGACGAAGGUGCAGUUUAGUGUAGCGAUAAGCCGGAGUGUUUUACGUUAAGCAAACAUUUCCGUUUCCGUUCGUCGGGCCGGCAGAUCGAGCCGUUCUCGAUUAGAUCAGUAGCAAAUCUGUCAGAUUGUUCGUUGUGAAUAUAUAAAACUUGUUCUUACUUGCCGAACGGUGACAGCACUUUGGCACACAGCCAUUCGACACAGCUCAACACGAUAGGAAGCGUAUUAUGAAAAGCUGCAACAAAAUAGACUUAAAAUGUACACUCACCAAUAACACAACGUGGCUCAAGCAAACUGAAGGUAAACUUUUCGUUUCAACCAAUCUGCAAAGUAUUAAUUACAGAUGGGCAGGAAAUAUAAACCGAAAACCGUAGCUUUUUGGGUGAGAUUUGUUUUAUUAAGAGUCUAAGGCAAAAAAAAACAGAACACUCCCUCAAGCAUAUUCUCUCAUAGCAAAAACAAAAAAAAAAGUUUCACGAAGGACUAUUAAAAUGAGAUUACCGGUGCAAAAGCUCGGCUAAAACCUCAUCUACACGAUGGCUUCAGUGGGGUUUUCGCUUGGACGUAGGAUUAAACGACAGAAUAUUGCGGAUGAACCCAUUUCCUUCUUCCUUUCCGUUUCUAUCGGUUGGUCAGCCUCUCAUUUGGAAACGGUCACGUACGUCACGAUUUGUUUGAAUGGCGACAAAACGGUGGUUAGUAUGGAAUGGGAAGCGUUUUGAAAGAUAAGAGUGUAGGUGUGUGUUGGAAAGGAACAUAAAAGUUUAGUGGAACAUUUAAAUCGGAAAAGGAUACUCCGAUGAUUUAUGUGACGAAACGAGAUAUUCUCCUUACGAAUUGUUGGCUUAUACACAGCUUUGAGGUUGUAUAAUUUCAAAAUGAAUUACAUAUAUGUUGUGUUCAUUAAAAACGUUUUCAAACCGGAAAGUAAUAUUAUGAAGAAACAAACGAAUUUUAGUCUUCCAAUACAUUUGUAAACCGAAAAUCCUGAAAUGGUUAGCUUGAUUGGCACUUAUCCAGCAAUUAGUUAUCAAAUGAAAAGCUUACUUGAUUUACAUUCAUUGAACAAUGGUUUCUUAUCUAUUACUGCCCACUCACACACUCUCUCCAUACUACAGUGAGCUACAACAGUAAGCUUAGAACUGGUGAGGACAAAAUGGAAAAGCCGAGUUUAUUGAAUCAAACAUUUGAUGUAAAACAAGUAUAACUAAGGACCUAUACUCUUUAUAACCUACCACGUAUAUACAUACUUAGAAUAGUUCAACAAAGAAGGGUAAGGAACUAAGGACAUUAAGAAGCGAUCGAGAGUUCUCUGUAGACACUAACCCAUCCCGUAACCCGUGUGUUAUUCAGGUCGAAUGUUUUCUGUCCUGUUGGCAUCGGACUCUCUACAGACAGCUUGAGUGAAGGCAGCUCAUAAAAAAACAAAACAAAAACAAAUAGUUUGACAACCCCUUACAUUCCCCGAGACACGUAGAUCGCAGAUGGCAAGAUGAAUUUGUUCUUAACUGUACUGUGCGCCCGUGUUGGGUGUUCUAGCGCGUUCGAGUUCAAUCACUCGUGUUAGUAGUGUAAUUUUCUUGCAGUUUAGUGCAUUUUUCCCCGUCGAGCAGUGUACAAGACUCGAUAGUGGAAAGAGUAGGGAUGAAAGGCGUGGUGAAAUAUGACAGCCAGAAGAAUCGACAGGAAGACAACAACAACAUAAAGAAACACAUCACGUACGGAUCAAAGGAUCGACUAUUUAUCCAAUGAAUGGUAAUUAGGGAUGAAGAAAAUUGUACUCGAUAUAUUAUAUAUAUACACGCAUACAUACAUACAUGCAUACAUUCAUACAAUACGGUGGUUAUGAUAUGAAACACUUAGUACAGUGGGUGUGGGUAAUGGGCUGAAUCCCGAUACAUUCUUGAUGGUAGUUUCGGUGCAUUGUAUUGCAGCCUAACGAUUGCCGAUCGCUCCUUGGAUGUGUGAGUGUGUAUGGACAAUGUGCUGGAGCAAAUGGGAGUUCCGGUGCGGUCGGGGUGAAGCAAAGUGAAAGUGUUACGUUAUUUACGAAAAAUAAAUCGAAGAUUUCUGAGAAAACUUACCGAGGACCGUGA